GAUAGUGUUCAAUACCACAUCUGUGUAGGCUAACGUUCCAUUAUAAGCCAAUAAACUUCCGUACAUGUUAUGAUGCCAAUUCUUAUAGUAGGUAGGCAAAAUUAUUUAAAUCCUGGAUUUGUAAAAAUCCCUGUUUCUGGUGGAAUUUGGAACAGCCGGGUCCGCUGCUUAUUUGCAUGUGCCCGCGCCGCCACCACCAUACCGCUUUAGGAAUGAAUGCAGCCCCAGUUUGCAAUUGUUUUGGACAAAUGACUCGAGUCUACAACUGGAGCAAAUCUGUUGGGUCAAAAGAAUAACACCCACCAACUUUAUGUGGCGAAAAUUGAGCGCGUUUGAAUGUGAUAGCAUCCCACCACAUUCCAUGCAGAGCAGGCAACAGAUGGCACACAGACAGCAGAGUUGGGGACAGAUAUGCAGGGACAGACUGGCAGAGACAGGGAGUCUCAGUUUUCAGAAUCCGUGCCACAUUUUGACUAAAGAGUUGGUUCCUGCAGUACUUGAGGAAAAUGACGGCCGUCAACGCUCCACGGGACAAGUAUAAUGCAGUGUGGAUCAUUUUUUUCAUCCUUGGCUUGGGAACCCUCCUGCCAUGGAAUUUCUUCAUGACUGCAACCAUGUACUUCACCAACCGACUGAAGGACCCGGCCGUUGAGGGCUCAGCUAUUCUGACAGCCAACGCCACUGUGGUGGAGGGAGACACGAGGAGCGUCCUGGAGUCCAAGUUCAACAACGUGAUGACCCUGUGUGCCAUGGUGCCUCUGCUCAUCUUCACCUGCCUCAACUCCUUCAUCCACCAGAGGAUUCCUCAGAAUUGGCGUAUCGCUGGCUGCCUGUCUGUGAUCCUGGUGGUGUUUCUGUUGACGGCGGUGCUGGUCAAAGUGGACAUGGGCCCUCUCCCCUUCUUCUCUCUCACCAUCAUCAAAAUCAUCUGCAUCAAUUCGUUUGGGGCAGUGCUGCAAGGCAGUCUGUUUGGCCUGGCUGCAAUGCUGCCGGCCUCCUACACCACACCUAUCAUGAGUGGACAGGGUCUCGCUGGAACCUUCGCUGCCUUCUCCAUGAUCUGUGCCCUGGCCAGUGGCUCAGCCCUGCAGGACAGUGCCUUUGGCUAUUUCAUCACUGCGUGCGUGGCCAUCUUCCUGGCCAUCCUGUCCUACCUCGCUCUGCCUAGUAUGGAGUUUUUCCAGUACUUCCUGGAAAGUAAUGGAUCCAAGCCUGCCGGCGGAGAUGAGGAGAACAAGAUGAACCUAUUGAAAAAAGACAGCCCAACAGAGAAGAGUCCAGUGGUCAGUCUGACAGAGGAGGAAGCCAAGCCCACGAUAUCUGUGUUUGCCAUCUUUAAACAGAUCUGGGUAAUGGCCCUCUCUGUGUGCUUCGUGUUCACCAUCACCAUCGGAACUUUUCCUGCAGUCACAGUUGAUGUCAGAUCCACCAUGGCCGAUGGAGGUGCCUGGGAUACAUACUUCAUCCCUGUGUCGUGUUUCCUGCUCUUCAACGUGAUGGACUGGGCAGGAAGGAGUCUGACGGCCGUGUGUAUGUGGCCCGGUAAGGACAGCGUCAUCCUGCCCGUCAUGGUGGGUCUCCGUGUGGUCUUUGUGCCUCUCUUUAUGCUGUGUAACGUCCAGCCCAGGAACAACCUGCCCGUGCUGUUCACCCACGACGCCUGGUACAUCCUCUUCAUUAUCCUCUUCUCCUUCAGCAAUGGAUACCUGGCCAGCCUUUGCAUGUGCUUCGGACCAAAGAAAGUGUCACAAUGCGAAGCGGAGACGGCUGGGACCAUCAUGGCGUUCUUCCUGUCUCUGGGUUUGGCUCUUGGAGCUGCCCUGUCCUUUGUUUUCAGAAUCAUUAUCUAGACCUGGAGUCCCCACAACACCACCUCACCCCUCAGAACACCGUCUGCUCCUCUACCCGCCGUGCAGGACGAGGGGUGGAGGAGGUGGUGAACUUUGCUGUGUUGACUGUCACACGGCAGCAACACUACAACACUCGGAUGCUGCCAGCCUCAGAGCUUGAGUGUUUGUGCUUCCACUCUUCCCACUGAAUUAUAAUACUCUCCAUUUUGAAAGAACGCAAAGUUAAUCUAGUUCAGCUGCCUAUGUAACUGCUCUCAUCUCGUGCUCUAGUUGCCAACAUGUCUCUCAUCCUGCAGGGAACAUGGUGGAAGACUGGAGAAGCGCUCUCAGCUCAAGGGAGUAUUUCAGCUCUUAGGCCAAAAUGCCUCUAUGAGCCCUAAAUGGUGCAGGACAUGUAUUUAUAUGGAUUGCGAAAUGAUUGUGAAACUGUUCAACUUCUAAUGUCUUAGUAUGUGUUAUCAUUGAGUUGUAUGGGCCCUCUAGUUUAGAAUAGGUUUUAAAUUUCAAUUAAGUUGUUUUACCAGCCUACGUCCGUGUGUAAAUGCUCAUUAUGGUAGCGCUUUGCCCUGACAUGUAAAGGUAUUUUAAGCACAGCUACUAAUUACAUGCGUUGUGCUAGUGAACGUGAGGGGAGGAGAGUUUUUGUAAACUCACCCGUUCAUUUGCUCUGUCAGUUUGUGCCAUUUUUCGGGUUUAUCAUCCAAACAUUUUGUAUCAGAGCUACAAUGAACAAAAAUAUCAACGCAACAUGCAAAUAUUUCAAAGAUUUUACUGAGUCAGGUCAUGUAAGGAAAUCAGUCAAUUUAAAUAAAUUCAUUAGGCCCUAAUCUAUGGAUUUCACAUGACUGGGAAUACAGACCGCGCCAUCGUAUAGAGUUGAUCAGUGGUAAAAUGUUGGGUUUUAUUUGUCUUAUUUACAGUGAGUGUCUAAGGUCUACUUUUUUUAUUAUUAGUUGCAUGAAAUACUUCAACUAGAGAUGGUUUCUACAGUUCGUGCAGAAAUUCUUCAGUUGUGCAAACCCACAGUUUGAUCAGCUGUCCGGGUAGCUGGUCAGACAAUCCCGCAGGUGAAAAACUGAUGUGGUGGGCCUGCGGUUGAGAGGCAGGUUGGAUGUACUGCCAAAUUCUCUAAUCCGCCUCUGUCGAGAAAUUAACAUUCAACUCUCAGGCCACAGCUCUGGUGGACAUUCCUGCAGUCAGCAUGCCAAUUGCAUUCUCCCUCAACUUGAGACAUCUGUGGCAUGAUGUUGUGUGACAACUGCACACUUUUUAGUGGCCUUUUGUCCCCAACACAAGGUACACCUGUGUAAUGAUUAUUCUGUAUAGUCAGCUUCUUGAUAUGCCACACCUGUCAGCUGGAUGAUUUAUCUUGGCAAAGGAGAAAUGCUCACUAACAGGGAUGUAAACAAAAGUGUGCUGAAAAUUGGAGAGAAAUAAGCUUUUUGUGCAUAUGGAACAUUUCUUGCAUCUUUUUAUUUCAGCUCAAGACCAACACACUUUUUACAUGUUGCGUUUUAUAUUUUCCUUCACAGUGAUGGAAAAAGUACACCAUUUUCAUACUUGAGUAAUUUUCUAUUAAAGGCUCUUUACUUUAACUCAUGUAAAAGUCACCCAGUAAAAUACUAUUUUAGUAAAAUUAAGUAUUUGGUGUUUAAAUAUAUUCGCAUAUUAAAAGUACAUCUUUUCGAAUUCUUUAUAUUAAGAAACCAGAUGGUACCAUUUUUUUUGUAUGCAUUUACAGAUAGCCAGGGGCACACUCAAACAAUUCACAAACGAAACAUCUGUGUUUAGUGAGUCCGCCAGAUUAGAGGCAAUAGGGAUGACUAGGGAUGCUCUCUUGAUAAAUGCGUGAAUUGAGCAAUUUUCCUGUCCUGCUAUGCAUUAGAAAUGUAACGAGUACUUUUUGGGUGUUAGGGAAAAUGUAUGGAGCAAAAAGUACAGAUAGCCCAAAAAAUACUUUAGUACUUUAAAGUAUUUUUACUGUAGUACUUUACGCCACUGUUCUAUCCUCUAAGCAACUUUUUAUCAUGUGUAAUGCCAAUUUAUCUUAACAUUUCUACCGAUCUGCGUGCCAGUUAUGGUUUUCAUAUGCAUAUUUUCUUGAAUAAUUUAUAUUAUAGGAACGUCUUCGUAUUUCAAAAUCCUGAAACGUAUCAACUAUUAAUUUGGGUCAGGCCCGAAGCUUGCGCUAGCGAACUUGCAACAUUGUAUAGAAUAUUUUGGGCCCUCAGUUUCCGGUGCCAGUGAGAUCGGGACACAGCUGGCUAUUUGCGCAAGGGAUAAGAAGUGGUGCUUAAGUUUUGGCGGGCGCCCACCGGAGCUGAGUACAGGCACCUCAAAUGUUUUACUGCUUGAGUUCCUUUUCCAAUUAUAGAAUAUAAACAGUACCAGCACACAAAAUGAUUACCGGAACCUAAAUCAGUCUAGCGCUGAUAAAAUGGGCCUACCUGAUUACUUGUGUUUCCACUGGAUCGGACGGAGCAUGGCAUUUAACCUCAUGCUGAGUGGUUAACGAACGAAGAGGGCAGGAACAACUUUUUAAAUACAUCCAGGAACUAUUGUAGUUCGCAAUGGAUGUUAAAACAGACAGCAUUAACGUGCUGUUUUGAGGUGAAGAAAACAUUACUUUAAGAAGCUCCACAUGUCAGUAGUGGUGGUGUGUUAAGCCAAUCAGAAAUACUGUCAAAUCCCCAAAUGGGCACAUUUCACAUUUGCACGCAGGCCAGUUAGCCUAUAGGCCUACUAUACUUGCACGUCCUUAACACUGGCAGGAGCGUCCCAAACUAAAACAAUGGCUAAAUUGACGAAACUCGUAAAUAAAAUAAACGUGUUUCUCACAAGUGUAGCAUAAGUUGUGCACUCUGCAAACAAUUAAUCCACUCAGACAAUAACGGAAAGACUUCGCAAUUGCGUCAAACCCUCCGACCACAUUACAGAUCAAGCAUCAAUUGUCUUUUGUGUAGGCCUCCGCAAUGGAUUAGUUCACAGAGAUGGGCGCAAAUAUAUUUGUUACUGCUCAACUAAAACAAUCUCGGUCGACCAAACAGUGGACUAAUUGGGGUAAGCGCUAGUUUGUUCUGUGUAGUUCUUUUCAGAACGUGUUGGUACAAGUUGAAUUUGCCUGGAUCGUAUGUCAGGUUGUUUUUAUGAAUAAAAAAAUGUAAUGUG